AUGGUAAUUUCAAGCUUGUCUCAGUCAACACGUUUUGUUUUUUUCAUCCUCCUGCACCUGUGCUUGGCUGUCAGACGGCCCAAAGACUCUGUGGAGGAACAACAACCCCGUGACAAAGGUUUCCUGACUCCAAACAAGGAACACCGAAUGCCAAGACAAGGAAUGGAGGAAAGCUAUGAGACAUUUGAGGAGGAGUUAUGGCCACCGAGGGCAGACGCUCCUCCACAGAGACCUGUUCGACAGAUCCGCAGAGCGAGUGGCGAAAUGUACACUGCAAGAAAAAUCAGAGAGGAAGUGCCUCCUGUGUCUCUGCAACCAAUAUCAGAACCUAAGAUCUUACCCAGAGAACCCAGCUUCACCAAAGCUACAUCCUUGCAUAAAACCCUGUCGAUCCAGAACCUGACUCAGCUAGAGACACCCUGGGAAAACGUCACCCUCAACCGUUGCCUUUUUGUAGCCAUUGCCAUCCUGGUGCUCACCUCAGGCUUCCAGAAGCUUCAUGAAACGUUACGUGGAAAGGGAACAAUAGAGGAAGAAGAGGAAGCUGGACUAACAAUGAGACGAUCAGAGUUGUUACGUCACAGAGGCCGUCUGCCGGAGCCAGAGAUGUCUCUAUGGGAAGUCAUGUUUUGGUGGCUGCCAGACCUUGAUGAUGAAGACGAAGACGAGGAUGUUGAUGAAGAGAUCAAAAGAAGAAAAUCAAAGAGGGAAGUAACAAGACGAACAUCGAGAGGUCUCAGGAACAGGCCGCUGCCAGAGAAAAAACUCUUAAAGCAAAGAGAUGGGAAAUUAAAGGACAGGAGGGCCAGGAAAGCCAGGGCUAACAAAAUCAAAGACAAGAGAGGGACAGCCUGGAAAGAGGACCCUGAAGAGGCAGCAGACGAACAGGAUGAAAGAGAAGAGGAGACAAUUGCAAAAAAGAAUAAGCUGCAAGAUGGGAAAUAAAAAAAAAAAACAGACAGAAUUUUUAUUCUGCUCCUACUACACAUCAAAUGGAGUCUCAAAUGUUUGCCUAAUCAAGUGGCAGAAAAGUUUUAAAGCUCAGUGGUGCUUCCAUGAAAAGUUGUUUUAACAUGUCAAGCUAAAAAUGAAAGUCAAAUAUGUUCCCUGCUUCCUUAUUGGAGAAGAUGUUUUAAAAAAUUCUGCUCUGAAUUGACUGCUUAGCUGAUAUCUGCACAUUUCAGCUGAAAUCUCAAAAGGUGUCAUCAAAAGGUUAAUUUAUUUUACUACUUUGAAACUUAAAACUGAAACUCAUGCAGAUACACCACAACGUCUGGUGUGUUUAAAUAGUUUAUCUCUGUUACUGCUGAUGAUCUGAGAGAAAAUUUUAUUUUUUCUCAGAUCUCAGUAAGGCUAAAAUUUGACUACAGAAGACCAUUAAAAUAAGGGAUUUUUACACCAGAUGUUAAACCCACCUUAUGAACAGACAUUGGAACUGGAACUGACGUCCAGCUGUCACUGAGAAGUCAAGAAAGGAAACUGCUGAAGAAGCUGGCUGUUCAGGUCACAUACAAGACUGAUCAUGGAUAGUUUAGUGGAAGAAAAAAAGUGGGUUUGAAUAGAUGUCCAAGUAACACCUAUUCAAAUCUACCGUAAUAGGACAGUGAAAUAAAAUCCAUUCAAUGAUUUGUUGGAGAUUUACAGUAAACAGUCUGUGGCUGGAGUCAGCGCUUCAAGUGUCGCCACACACAGACACAUCCAGGACAUGGGCUACCUGUCGCAUUAUGUGAUCUAUGCAACUCUUGAACCAGAGAUGUCUGAGAAGCAUCUUACUCAGUGGUUCAACAUCCUCUUUUCAGAUGAAAAUACUUUUUUUUUAUUCAUCUGGAAACCAACGUUUCAGAGUCUGGAAGAAGAGUGGAAAAAGAAACAAACUCAAGUUGCCUGAGGUCAAAGUGUGAGGUUUCCAGCUGGUGAUGAUUUGACCCACAUCACCUGCUGAUGUUAUCCUUUUUUCAAGCUAAACAUCAGUGAAGCUUUCUAGUAAGAAAUUUGAUAGCAUUUCAUGUUCGAGUUUACUGUCAAGUUUUAAGGUAAGCAAUUAUUUUGCCAACAGGACAAGAGUAACCGUCCACAUGUCCAAAACAACUAACUGCUUUACUGAGAAUAUAUGCAGUAUAUAUAGAGGGGGAAAGGAAACAUACAGAGGUCGAAUCCAAAUCUAGAACCGACAGCAAAUACAAUAUGAGCACAUAGUUUUCAAUGAGCCAAUAGUUCUGUAGGAAAAACCCCUUAUUGGUGUUGUGUAAUUUUUAAAGGUUCAGGAGAACAUAAACAGUCAAAAUGUAUCCCUGUGAAAUAAAUUACUUUUUGAAUUGAAUUUAAAAAGUAAUUUAAGAAGUGGGGGGGGGGGGGGAAUCCAAACCUUUGAUGUAUUGAAAUAAACAUGAAAAUUAUAUGUGAGGAGAUGCUAAAGAGAUUAAAUCCGAAGCUUUAUCCUUGUAAAUAAAUUUGACUUCAAACAGGUUGGUACAGUAACAUCUUCACGGUCACAAGACACAGACAAAAUAAUUGUUUUUGUUGGUAUUUAUUUAGAAAAACAGCUUUUCAAAAAAGUUUUCAGCUCACAUUAUGUACUGAUUUUGGUGGAAAAAAAAAAAGAAACAUGUUGGAGAUUUGAC